ACAUUACCCAUGAGACAGCGCAGUUCGGGAAAACAUGGCGGCGUCCAAGCUCUCGACAGACCCCAACACAAACAUCCCAGAUUAUGAAUAUACUGGUGUGAACACCAAUCCAUUUCACGUUGGCUCUUUUAAAAACGAGUGGCUGAACAGACUGAAGCCGAGUGACUACUCCUACCAGCCGGAAGACGAGGACAGGUUUGACGCUAACUUCGCGAAACAGAUGGGGAUCGGUGCGGAGACCAUGACUGCACUGAAAACCGUCUGCAGUCUUGAUUCACUCCGAUGCCAUCCUGAGGACCAGCAGCCUGAUCCAGACGUUGUACCUCCAGACCCAACGCUGAAAACACUGGUACAAAGAAAAAAGAGGCAAGAUCACAAAGCUUCUCUAAAAAUCACCAAGAACAGACACGACCUCUAUGCGGAUGAACUGGAGCGCUUAACUGUCUCUAGGAAACCAGAAGCAGUGGCUAACAUGAUCCCUGAAGGAGAAGUCAUUCUAACCAUCAACGUCUACUACCCGGCUGUUAUUGAGAAAUUUAACUACAUCAGACCCCACAUGACUCUGCUGAUGACGGGCUCCCACAGCUUGGCAGAGCUCAAGGACGCCAUCUGCUGCGUCAACGACCUGCAAGUGUGCGGAGAGUUCAGCCACACGCCAGACAUAGCUCCAGACUUCAUCAGCAAAGAUCAUUUCAGGUCAGCUUUCUUUUUCUUCGAAGGAGUGUUCUAUAACGACAUGCGAUUCCCCGAGUGUCAGGACAUCAGCAUGACUACCAUUGAAUGGGCAAAGGCCCAUGGCUUCCCCCCCUACAGCCAGGCCAAGAUGGAGGACACACAAUUUGUGGAUCUGAAAGUGAAAGUGGGCUUCCCGUACCUAUAUUGUCAUCAGGGAGACUGCGAACACCUGGUCAUCAUCACAGACAUCAGACUGGCCCAUAAGAACGACUGCCUGGACAUGAAGCUGUAUCCACUCCUCAUACACAAGCACAGGGUCGUCACCCAGAAGUGUGCCGUUUGUCACGUCUUCAUUGGCAGAUGGUUUACCACCAAUGACCAGUUUGCUCCGAGUGACCCGUGUCUGUUCUGUGACAAGUGCUUCCGGAUGCUGCACUACGAUGCUCAAGGCAACAAGCUGGGAAAUUUCCUGGCCUAUCCUUAUGUGGACCGUGGUGCAUUUAACUAAUGCUUUUCUUUGGUGAACUGCUCACAUCAAUGACUUAAUGCUGUAUAAUACAGUUCUGUGUUUUAUAUUUCAGAAAGAAAUGUUUGGCUAUUUAGUAUUUUUUCUUUAAAAAAAAACAAAACUUUUUUAUUUAUUUUUGGACAAUGUUUUGGUUUUAUAGACUUGUUUGAAAUAACUGGAACGUUUACUGGAAAAUUUUUUACUGGGCUUUUCUCCUGUUGAAAGCUUUGUAGCAAAUCAUUCAUUAAAAACUGAUCCAGUGAA